UUUACAGGUUUUGCAUCUGAUUGCGGAGCGAGGGAACAUUUGUAAGCAGAUCCACCUUCCAGCCCAGAGUGGGAGCAGCAAGGUCCUAAAAGCAAUGCGCCGUGGCUACACAAGAGAAACCUACCUCGAUCUUGUGAAGAACAUCAAGAGAAUAAUCCCAGAGGUGAGUCUCAGCAGUGACUUCAUCUCAGGCUUCUGUGGCGAAACAGAGGACGACCACCAUCAGACACUGUCUCUGAUCAGAAACGUGGGCUACAAUGUGGGAUUCCUGUUUGCCUACAGCAUGAGAAAGAAAACCUAUGCCUCCCAUCGGCUUCAAGAUGACGUGCCGGCAGAGGUGAAGCAGCAGAGGCUGGAGGAGUGUAUCAGCGUAUUCAGAGAGGAAGCUGCGAGGGUCAACGCUGCACUUAUUGGCAGCACACAGCUUGUCCUGGUGGAGGGAGAAAGUAAAAGAUCUGUCAGGGACCUGUGUGGGAGAACUGAUGGCAAUGUGAAAGUUGUUUUCCCCAAAGAGGAUGUUGCUGUUCAGCCUGCAGAAUCCAACACUGCACAGGUCAAUGCUGGAGACUAUGUGCUGGUGAAGAUAUUGUCGGCCAACUCCCAGAGCCUGAGAGGGCGGGCCCUCAGUCACAGCUCCCUGAGAAGCACGGUGAAGCACUCUGAGACUCUGCCCCGGCACCAGCUUGAUGAGGGGAAAACUAGCACCCUGCCUCCUUCUCUUGAAUGACUUUGAAGACACAUGGAUGGGUUUUGGUGGAAAUUCUGAUCAUACUACAGUCACGUUGGACUGCUGAGAUGAACUAUGAGAACUGCAAUGUGUUAUUUAUACAGCAAGCAUGUGUGUGUACAUAUUGAACUGCUGAAUACACUGAAACCUGUUCAGAUGAUGUGAAUUAUUCCGUUUGUAAUAAACUGUGACUGAUUUGUUUUGUCUGAA